AUGCAGCAGCUGCUCCUGUUCGUGUCCCUGCUGCUGUCUCUGUCGCUGGUGUCCUCGGCCCUAAAGGUGAGGCGGCAACAGCGGCAGAAUGACGUUUGGGGCCCCUGGAGCCAGUGGAGCCCCUGCAGCCGGACCUGCGGAGGGGGCAUCAGCUUCCGGGAACGCCCCUGCUACUCCUGGAGGGGAGACGGAGGCUCCAGCUGCGUGGGCCCCUCCCGCAGCCACCGGUCCUGCCACACCGAGAGCUGCCCUGAGGGCGCCCGAGAUUUCCGGGCCCAGCAGUGCGCGGAGUUUGAUGACAGCGAGUUCCAGGGUCGGCGCUACAAGUGGUUGCCCUACUACGGGGCCCCAAACAAGUGUGAGCUGAACUGCAUCCCCAAGGGGGAGAACUUCUACUACAAGCACAAGGAGGCGGUGAUAGACGGGACCCCCUGUGAGCCUGGCAAACGGGAUGUCUGUGUGGACGGCAUCUGCCGUGCUGUUGGCUGUGACCACAAACUGGACUCAUCAAAGCAGGAGGACAAGUGUCUGCGGUGUGGGGGUGAUGGCACGACCUGCUACCCUGUCACAGGCACUUUUGAUGCCAAUGACCUCAGCAGAGGCUAUAACCAGAUCCUCAUCAUUCCCAUGGGAGCCACCAGCAUCCGCAUCGAGGAGGCUGCAGCCAGCAGGAACUUCUUGGCGGUGAAGAGCAUCCGUGGAGACUACUACCUCAAUGGGCACUGGACCAUCGGGGCAGCUGGGGCCCUGCCCAUGGCCAGCACCAUCCUGCACUACGAGCGUGGCACCGAGGGGGACCUGGCUCCUGAGCGGCUCCAUGCCCGAGGCCCCAUUUCAGAGCCCCUUAUCAUUGAGCUUAUCAGCCAGGAGCUCAACCCUGGUGUGCACUACGAGUACCACCUGCCUCAGAACGUCCCCAGAUCCGGCUUCCGCUGGAGCCACGGAUCCUGGGGGGAAUGUAGUGUGGAGUGUGGAGGAGGUCAGCAGACCCGUGAGGUGUUCUGCACCACUGACAAUGAGGUCUACCCCGACCGCCUGUGCCAGCACCAGCCACGGCCAGCCCACCGCCAGCCCUGCAACCCUCAGCCUUGCCCACAAACCAAGCGCUGGCAGACAGGGCCGUGGUCGCCCUGCUCGGUCUCCUGCGGAGGUGGCUCCCAGUCCCGCUCCGUCUACUGCGUCUCAGCUUUGGGGUCAGGCACCGAGGAGGCUGCGGACGAGGCGGAGUGUGCAGGCCUGCCCGGGAAGCCCCCCACCAUGCGAGCAUGCAACCUCCAGCGCUGCUCGGCCUGGCACGCAGAGCCCUGGGGAGAGUGCUCGGUCACCUGUGGCUCUGGAGUCCGGAGGCGGACUGUCACCUGCCGUAGUGAGGAGGGGUCUAUGCUCCUUGCCACCGCGUGCUCUGAGGAAGACCGGCCGAUGUUCACAGAGCCCUGCAUGCGUGACGACUGUCCCCCCCUCGGUGACCAGGCCUGGCAUGUUGGUGCCUGGGGUCUGUGCUCCAAGAGUUGUAACUCGGGCACUCGGAAGCGACAGGUCAUCUGUGCCAUCGAGCUGCCCAGCCAAUGCGAGCGCCUGCAGCCGUUGAAGCCAGUGGACACGGAGCUCUGCAACACACAGCCCUGCCAUCUUCCUCAAGAGGUUCCCAGCACACAGGGCAUGCGCACCAGCCCCAGGGACCCCAGGAUGUCUUUGGGCACUCAGGAGUCCCCCAUCUCAGACUUCAGAGGGCAGUGGUGGAUACCCCAGGGGCAACCAUCAGCCUGGAGUGACCCGAGAGGAGACCAGGGUUCCCAUAUGUCAGCCCCGGGCCCAGCCCCAUCUCUGCAGCAGUCCACAUACCAGCAGCCUCCAAGGUGGGGCUCAGGGCCCCAGGACUGCAGGCACAGCCCCCACGGUUGCUGCCCCGAUGGUCACACAGCUUCUCGAGGACCUCACUGGGAAGGCUGCCCCGGGGUCGGGGUCGCAUGUCAGCAGAGCAGGUAUGGGUGCUGCCCCGACGGGGUGUCUGUGGCCCAGGGGCCCCACCAGGCUGGCUGUGCAAGGUCACAGGGUAGUGACAACACACGGAACAGGCCGGGGUCGAGAGCAUCAGCUUCCAUGGUCUCCCAGGCUCACCAGCCCCAGGCCCAGCAGAGCCAGCCCAGCGAGUGCCGGGGCACCCAGUUCGGCUGCUGCUAUGACAAUGUGGCUUCUGCAGCAGGUCCUCUUGGGGAAGGCUGUGUGGGGAAGCCCAGCUAUGCCUUCCCCGUGCGCUGCCUGCUGCCCAGUGCCCUUGGCUCCUGUGCCGACUGGGCUGCCCGCUGGUACUUCAUCCCCUCCGUGGGCCGGUGUAACCGCUUCUGGUACGGUGGCUGUCAUGGCAAUGCCAAUAACUUCGCCUCGGAGGAGGAGUGCAUGAGCAGCUGCCACGGACUCCAGCCUGAAGCCUCCGUCCCGAGCACCCACCACCAUGGGGAUCCUGGAGGCCAGCAUGAGCCCGGCCAGCACAGCCUGGAGGCCACAGCCCAGAGGAGGCCCGGGCCUUCGAGCAGCCUCUGGUGGCAGGACCAAGAGACUGGGCUGGGGGAGGCUGCCCGCAGCCAGGAACACAGCCCCAGUGGCUCUGGCCUGGGCGGGGAUGCCAGGCAGCCGGCCCUGCCCUCUGGAAGCUCCUCGUACAGGAUCAGCUUGACCAGCUCUGAACCAGCCCUGAUGCAGGCUGUCCUGGGGCACUCAGUGCGGCUCUUAUGCCCAGAUGAUACCUCCCUGGACCCCCAUACGGGGUGGCUGAAGGAUGGCAGGCCUAUCUCUUCUGACAGGCACAAGCUGCAGGCUGAUGGCUCCCUGAUCAUCAACCCCCUUCAAGCAGAGGACACUGGCACCUAUAGCUGUGGCAGCACCAGGCCAGCUCGUGACUCCCAGACGAUCCAGCUUCAUGUCAUAGGAGGUGACACACCCGUACUGCCUGAGGCUGAGCCGAGGCACCUCCCUCAGCCCAAGGACCCAACCCAAGGCCGAGGGGGAGAUCCCAGGGGCCAGGCACACCCACGGCCUCCUUCCAGGCUUCGCCUGGACCAGAACCAGCCUAGGGUGGUGGACGCCAGCCCAGGCCAGCAGAUCCGGUUGACCUGCCGUGCGGAAGGCUUCCCGCCCCCCGUGAUUGAGUGGCAGAAAGAUGGGCAGCUCCUCUCUCCUCCCAGGUACCACCUGCGGCCUGAUGGCUCUCUGGUCAUCAGCCACGUAGCCGUGGAAGAUGGCGGCUUCUACACGUGUGUUGCUUUCAACGGGCAGGACCGAGACCAGCGUUGGGUCCAGCUCAGAGUCCUGGGAGAGCUGACCAUCACAGGGCUGCCCCACACUGUGACCGUGCCGGAGGGGGACACGGCCAGGCUGCUCUGCGUGGUGGCAGGGGAAGGCGUGAACAUCAGAUGGUCCAGGAACGGGCUGCCCGUGCAGGCGGAUGGCCACCAUGUCCAUCAGUCCCCGGAUGGCACUCUGCUCAUCUACAACUCUCGGGCCAGGGAUGAGGGCUCCUACACCUGCAGCGCCUACCGAGGGAGCCAGGCGGUCAGCCGCAGCACGGAGGUGAAGGUGCUCCCACCAGCACCAGCUGCUGCCCCACCGAGGGACCUUGGCAGCGAGUGCAUUGACCAGCCCGAGCUGGCCAACUGUGACUUGAUCCUGCAGGCCCAGCUCUGCGGCAAUGAGUAUUACUCCAGUUUCUGCUGUGCCAGCUGUUCCCGCUUCCAACCUCACGCUCAGCCCGUCUGGCAGCAGGGCUGA